AUGACGGCCCUAUCAAAAUGGUGCUAUACUCACUCUCGAAUGAUCAACACGAUCAUCAAUUUCCUUCUUCUCCUUUUUAUGCUCCUCAGCUACAUAUUGAUUAUUGUGUUGUACGCUUCUCCUGGGUCAUAUCACAUUCGUUCUCUUCUCGACCCUAGCGCCUCUGGUAUCAAACCUGCUACAGCUGUCACCCUUGUUACCGCUGUUCUAGCAGCCUCAACAUCCAGUCUUGCUACGCGCUGUGUAGAGCAAUCGCUGUGGCUCAAGCUAGCACCACGGUUCGUCAAGAAACCCCUAACUAUUGCGGAGUCUCGACGUCUCGCUCAAUGGAGUGUGUCGCCAUUCGCGCACUUGACAUACUUGUUUGACGGAGAUUCAUGGCGACUUAAGUUUGGAGGCAUCUUAUUAAUUGCACUCGCCAUUGUCGGCCCCGUUCUUCUUUCCGGGAUAUCUCUCGUCGAAAGCUUCAACACUACCGAGACGUUCAAGAAUCGUGAGUCGGAUCCUUGGACCGGAUGGAUAAAUGCAGCGAGCCAGGCGUAUAACGGUGGGAAUUUCCAGGAUAUCCAGGGAACAACGGCUGCCUUAGCGACUCUCAGCAAUCUGAGUGCCCCCGCCUCGCCGGCUUGUUCUAACUCGAGGUGCCAAGUUGAUACUGUCGUCGCCAGUAUCCAAGCAACUUGCGAGUCGAGCUAUGGUGAAUACGCGAAUCCACCACUAGAUUACGACCGAUUCAGCGUUUGCAGUGAUUUGAAUGCCGAUAUCUGUACAGUCAUUGGUGGGAGCAGUCCGUACACAUAUGCCAACUUCAGCUCUGGCUUUCCGGCCGAUUGCGACGAGACAUGCCCAGCAGGCGAUUUUGCAGUGAUAUUUGGAACAUUCACAAAUGGAACAGAUACGUUAAAAGGGCCUUGGUAUUUCAACGUUGUCGACUGUUCGCUGAGCUACGGGACGGUCCGAGUUCAACAGAUUGGCAAAGGUAGUCCAGUGCUUCAUCGUAGCGAGUUCGAAAAAAGCGACAGUGUGCUGGAUAGCAGUGCUGUACCUCUCCGGCGCAUCUACACAGAUAGCCACGAGAGGUCCCCCUACACCUUUGGCGCCAGUAGUGGGACUGGUGAUGGAGCAGACUCGCUGUACAACUCGGCUGUAGCAACCUUGCUGCUCCGAGAGAAAGCGCAUUCUUCUGCUGAACAGGUAGCGAGACGUAUCGAAGACAUCUUUGAUAUGGCAACGCUUUUGGCUUUCAGCCGGGCGCCCAACGCCUCCGACCUGUCGAUUACAAGACGCGAACCCUUCACGCGAUAUGUGUACGACGAGCGCGUUUUGGCAAUUCUACUGGUUCCGUUUCUUGCUACCAUCUUAGGUACUUGGGGAAGGUGGAAAGUCGAAGGCACAGAGCAAGUUCUUGGAUACGAUCCUGUGGCCAUUGCUGAGCGUGGCCCUAUUCAAGGGCUGCCAGAAGAUGUCUCCAGAUCCAGAGAAGACAUAGAUGAGAAGACAGUGGUCGGGUACCAGGAGACAACCACCACGUCUACGGGAACGCGGGUAAAUGUUACACGGUUUGCUAUUGGAUCGAGAGCGACAUAA